GGAAAAGUUCUAAUUUAAGGAGAGAAUGGMCGAGKGUUAUAUUCGAGUGGCAGAGGAAGAAAACGAGGAGCCCAUGGAGAUUCCUGCYGAGGACGACGGCACUGUUCUGCUCUCAACAGUGGCUGCACAGUUCCCCGGGGCUUGCGGCCUGCGGUUCAGGAGUCCCGUGUCUCAGUGCAUGCGCGGUGUGCACCUUGUGGARGGGAUUCUUCACGCACCAGAAAACGGAUGGGGGAGCAUUGUUUAUGUGGUGAACUAUCCAAAAGACAACAAAAGAAAAAUGGAUGAAAUCGAUGCUUCUUCUGCCAUGAAAAUGAAGAGGGGGGACAUGAAGACAUCUGACUUGAUUGUAUUGGGUCUUCCAUGGAAGACAACAGAACAGGACCUGAAAGACUACUUCAGCACAUUCGGAGAAGUCAUCAUGGUUCAGGUGAAACGAGACGCCAAGACGGAAAACUCGAAGGGGUUUGGCUUCGUGAGGUUCACAGAAUACGAGGCUCAAGAAAAGGUGAUCGCCCGGCGUCACAUGAUCGAUGGAAGGUGGUGUGACUGCAAGCUUCCUAACUCAAAGGAUCCCGGACGAGCCCCCAUUUAUGUUACGACCCGGCUCAAGAGCCAUAACAUGUGAAGACACGACACAGUG